AUGGUGCAUACGUUCCUGAAGGCGCAGGCGCUCGGUGGCCACCAGAAUGCUCACAAAAAGGAGCGAAGCACCAGCUGGAACCCCUACGUCUACGACGGCCAGCACGCCGGCACCAUCGCUGAGCCAGCGUUGUCGUCGUCGAACCGCAGCAUCAGUAGCGCUGCCACCUUGUCCAUUCCAUCGCUGUCUCACGGUGGCAGCGCUAUGGUCGCUGAGCCUGUGCUUGCCAGUGGCCGUGACGGGAAUGGCAGUGGCACCGCCGUCGUCCCAAACUUUCGAGCGAGAAUGCUCCAAAGGCGGGCCACGCUAUUCGCACCGGUGAACAUCAGGCCACUAGAGAUGGACAGGGUGGUGGCUGAUGGCACGCUGGUUGGUUGCGAUGGCACGAUCGACAUGCUCAAUUGUGUCAGGGCCUCCGCUGCGCCUGCGGCCACCAGCGCCGACACUGCUGACUAG